AUGUCCGAGCAACAGUUCAAGCCUGACGCAUCUGCCGCUUCCGCGAAAAAAGGGGAAGUCAUGCGAUCGACGCUGUGGCCCAAAAAGGAAGAUGACAACGGGGAUGUUGUAUCAAAAAUCGUCUCCGCCGACAAUGUGGAGUUUUAUGUCCCCGAUCUUAUCCUUAAGACGCACAGUGAGGUCCUUCACACGAUGAUCAAUGACUUUGGGGCACCUGCUGCAGAGAAUCAGGAAGGCUGCCAUCUUCUUGAGUUUUCUGACCCCAAGAUUGAGAGCUCCAACAUCCUGCACAUCUUCUUGGCCGCUGGUGGUCCAGGAGAUACCCUGCUGUCCGUCAUGAGGUUCACUGAGAAGUGGGACUGUCAAAUGGCGGGCCAAAAUCUGACUAAAGGUCUGCUGGAGCUGGCCAGACAAGGUCGAGAUCAAAAUGUCAUCACUCCUAUCGACAUUUUCGUUGCUGCCGCCCAGCUAAACCUUCCCGAUAUUGCUGCCAAGGUCAUCGAGGUCUACACUAUAACCUACUACGUCUCAGAAGUGACUGUGACCUGGCCUGUUCUCUCAUCUAGAGCAGAAUUCAGCAUUGAAAACUUGGAACCGAAGGCUUGGGAAAUGAUACCUGGCAUUUAUAUGCGGGCACUCUAUCGAGCAUCGACUGCAUCGUACCCCUCGCUUCGAUAUUCUUCUUCGGUCAACCCUUCCUACUGUGCUACCACGAGUUCUCAAAAAGCUGCAAAGUUUUUGAAGGAAGUGUUAGCCCCUUCGUAG